ACUUUAUUAUCCCACUAACUUUUAAUAAUUUUUUAUUUUUUUUAUGGUCAAAGGUGUACGGACGGACAUUUCGUUGAAACAAGCCGCUGUUUUUUUUUUUCCUGGAAAUUAAACAAAAGUAAUAUCAGAUCUGAGAUGGGUUUUGUGUACUAGAUUUUCUUCGAUAGUUUAUAAAAUUCUGUUUUGUUUUUGAUUGAAUUCGAUCCCUUUUCUUGUAGUUUCGCUUAUUUUUAUUAUUUAAUUUAUAUUUUCUUUUUAAUGUUCCAAAUUUAACGCACACUAUGAGGAAGAAGCUCGAUACCCGAUUCCCAGCUGCUCGGAUUAAAAAGAUAAUGCAAGCUGAUGAAGAUGUGGGGAAGAUAGCAUUGGCAGUACCUGUACUAGUUUCAAAAGCAUUGGAAUUAUUUUUGCAAGACCUAUGUGAUCGCACAUAUGAAAUAACACUACAAAGAGGGGCAAAGACAAUGAGUGCACUGCAUUUAAAACAUUGUGUACAGAGCUAUAAUGUGUUUGAUUUUCUGAGGGAUAUCGUUAGUAGAGUUCCUGACUAUGGUCAUGGUCAUUCUGAAACUGCUGGUGAGGAUCGAUCUAUCACGAAGAGAAGGAAAGCUGCCAGUGAUGAAUGCAAUGACAGUGACGAAGAAUCAAAAAGGAGCAAGAUGCAUGAGAUGGGUCAUGUCAGUGGCAGUGGUAGUGGCAGAGGGAGGGGACGGGGUCGAGGAAGAGGCCGGGGACGAGGUGCUCGCCAUUUGGAAAGAGAGUCUUCUCAUCGUGAGAUGGAUUCAGAACCUUCCAUAGCCGUGGAGCCUGGCAUCAAAGAUAAUUCAAACUCUGUAAUGGUAGUGGAUACUGCUUCUGAAUCAAAGCAGUCAAUGAAGGAAAAUAUUACAGGCAGUGAUGGUGCUAAUGCAACUGCUCGGAAUUUUGAUCUGAACGCAGACUUAGAUGACAAUAUGGACACAAAGGCUGCAGUUGUACCACUACCAGAACCAACCCCAGCUCCUGUUCCCGCCCCAGCUCCUGCUCCUGCUUCAGUCUCUGCCCCAGCCCCAGCCCCAGCCCCAGCCCCGGCUCCGGCCCCGGCCCCAGCCUCAGCCCCAGCUAAUACCUCCUCAGCAGGACCUUCUGAGGAGACUAAACAUGAAGAUAUUCCAGGUUGGUCACUCUCAGAUAUGGACAGAAUGGCCAUUGACCCUCUUCAACUUGCAGACCUUGGUAGAAGGUUGGAUGACGACGAUGAAGAUUAUGAUGAAGGGUAAUAAAUUAUGGAGUGGGGAUCUCGAGAAGGAUAGUCAUCGAGAUCAGACUAAUGAGUAGUGGACAAACAGAAGAGAAAACAAAAGAUAGCUGCAAGCAUGAGUAUGGCCUACUUGAUGGAGAAUGAAAAUAUGCCUAUUAUGGUUCUCCCUCGAAGGGCUUGAAUGCAUUAUUCUUUGUUUCUAUCGUGUUCUUCACCAUGAUGUGCAUUUUAACCACAUUUGCUUGACAAUUGGAUCACACUUAGUCUGUCAUUUCAACUAUGUAAUGUAGGCAGAAUAUGGCAGCCUUAGUAGUAGGUAGUAUUAGUAGUAGUCUUGGUAGUGAAUCGUUUAGUGCUUUGUUCAACUUCAUGGCAUUAGGAAAUUAGCGUUGCCUUUGCUUUUACUGCACAAGCAUAAUUUAGCGAAGGGCCUUGAAAUUUCUUCUUAUCAUUGUCUUGCUUACCCUUCUAACACAAGAUGUUUAGUAGACAAACAAAUUUAAGUACUGCAGUCUGGUUGGUUGCUCAA